AUGAACCCUGGUUUCUCUGGUGUGCCCGCCAACAACGGUGCCCCUUCUGGCCCUAUGGCCUACUCCAACGGCACUCCUCCCGCCCCUGACAUGGGCGGCGUUGCCCCUCCCCCUGGAUCUGGCCCCGACUCUCCCAAGACCACCCUUUGGAUGGGUGAGCUCGAACCUUGGAUGGACGAGAAUUUCAUCAAGGGCGUCUUCUUGUCUUCGGCUCAUGAAAAUGUAAACGUUAAGGUCAUCCGCGACAAGAACUCUGGCAACGCCGGCUACUGUUUCGUCGAGUUCCAGAGCCCCGAGGCUGCCACCAAGGCCCUCAACAUGAACGGUUCACAAGUCCCUAAUAGCAGUCGCUCCUUCAAGCUCAACUGGGCCUCUGGUGGUGGUCUUGUUGACCGACGGGAUGAUCGCGGCCCCGAGUACAGCAUUUUCGUUGGCGACCUUGGUCCCGAGGUCAACGAGUACGUCCUGGUUUCUCUCUUCCAGGCUCGUUUCCCCUCUUGCAAGUCUGCCAAGAUCAUGACCGAUGCUAUGAGCGGUCAGAGCCGCGGCUACGGCUUCGUUCGCUUCUCCGACGAGAACGACCAGCAGCGCGCCCUCGUUGAGAUGCAGGGAGUCUACUGCGGUAACCGACCCAUGCGAAUCUCUACUGCUACCCCCAAGAACCGUGGCAACCACGGCUUCGGUGGCCAAGGACACCAGCAUGGCGGUCCUAUGAUGCCCGGCAUGCCCCAGCAGCAGAUGUGGAACGGUGGUGGGAUGCAGGGCUUCCCUUAUGGAGGUUUCAACCCUGCUACCCAGAUGAACCAGUUCACUGACCCCAACAACACCACCGUCUUUGUCGGUGGUCUUUCCGGCUACGUCACCGAGGACGAGCUUCGAUCAUUCUUCCAGGGCUUUGGCGAGAUCACCUAUGUUAAGAUACCGCCUGGCAAGGGCUGCGGUUUUGUCCAGUUUGUCCACCGCCACGCCGCCGAGAUGGCCAUCAACCAGAUGCAGGGCUACCCUAUCGGUAACUCUCGUGUCCGCCUCAGCUGGGGUCGAUCUCAGAACAACUCUGGCGUCGGCACUCCCUACCGCCCUGCCCCCCCUCCUCCUCACUACAUGGGCAUGCCCAGCCACGGCGGACCUGGCAACUACGGCCCUCAGCACUUUGGUGGCCCUGCUCCCGGUCCCCAGGGACCUCCUGGACCUCCCGGCCCCGGCCCCAACGGCCCUCCUCAGGAGUAUUAAACAAAGCUGCACGCAGUAAUAUGACCACGAUAACUCGUUGACCAAGGGGCUUUUAUACGAACGAUCCCCCGGCACUUCUAUUUCCUUGGACUCAAUUAUCUUGCCUUCUCACGGGCUACCAUGUCGAGCAGAAUCUAUCUGCUUUCCGUGGCAGUUUAUGAGCGAUACCCAACCUUGACUGCGAUCUGGGUUAUGACUUUAAGUUUUAUGGCAGCUCAGGAUUUCUACACGACACCACGCACACUCCAUUUCCUUGGGUCUGAAUCAUGAUUGGCGUUGGAGAUCUUCGGUCCCUCCGGUGGAUUGUCAUCAAUUCAAUUCAUUUAAGCUACUUGCCUGUACCGUCUGUGUUUACUUUAGUCACUCACUGCUUUUUCCUUUA